UUACUGCAACAGCGUUACUUCAUUAUUUCAGAGCAAAUAUAUGCGCGUAUUUUUGAGAGAUUAUGGUAGGCACAUACCAUAAUGGUUCCUCAGUCCAUUAUGCCAACCACCAGCAGACCUCAUCAAACAGCACUGAUGCGAGACAGAUCUCCUGUAACGCUCCAAUAGAAGAAAGGCUCCGCGCCACAGUAGCAGAGGCCACCAUGUCCUCCGUGGCAGUCGGAAUGGAAGCAAGACCAUCAAACGCUGCAACGCCGCGGGAACUAACUCAAAACCCGCUCAAGAAAAUCUGGAUGCCAUUGCCUUGUAAAAAUGGCCUUCCUGAUAAACGCAUUUGUCAAAGAAUGGUAUGUAUGACCAACUGUCCCACCCUGAUAGUGACGGUGGGCCUCCCGGCCAGAGGAAAGACCUACAUCUCCAAGAAGCUCACCCGCUAUCUCAACUGGAUCGGCGUGCCAACCAAAGAAUUCAAUGUUGGGCAGUACCGGCGUGAGUGUCUGAAGAUCUACAAGUCCUUUGAGUUCUUCCGUCCAGACAAUGAGGAGGGUCUGAAAAUCAGACAGCAGUGUGCGUCAGCAGCACUGAAUGAUGUCAGACAGUACCUCGCUGAUGGAGGCCAAGUUGCUGUGUUUGAUGCGACUAACACCACUAGAGAGAGGAGAGAGACCAUCACUGCGUUUGCUGAGCAGAAUGGCUUCAAGGUGUUCUUUGUAGAGUCUGUUUGUGAAGACCCUGAAGUCAUUGCAGAGAACAUUGUGCAAGUGAAGCUGGGCAGCCCUGACUACACCAACUGCAACACAGAGGAGGCUAUGGAGGACUUCAAGAAGAGGAUCAAGUGUUAUGAGAACUCCUAUGAGACCCUGGACGAGGUUCUGGACAGGCAUCUGUCCUACAUUAAGAUCAUGGAUGUGGGCCGGAGGUACCUGGUGAACCAGGUCCAGGACCACAUCCAGAGCAGGAUUGUCUACUACCUCAUGAACAUCCACAUCACGCCACGCUCCAUCUACCUGUGUCGCCAUGGAGAGAGUGACCUCAACGUCAAGGGCUGCAUUGGAGGAGACUCUGGGCUCUCACCCAGGGGCAAGGAGUUUGCCAAGUAUCUGCACCAGUUCAUCCAGUCUCAGGAGAUCAGUGAUCUGAAGGUGUGGACCAGCCAGAUGAAGAGGACCAUCCAGACAGCUGAGGCAGUGUCUGUACCCUACGAGCAGUGGAAGGCUCUCAACGAGAUAGACGCGGGUGUGUGUGAGGAGAUGAUGUAUGAGGAGAUCCAGCAGCACUACCCUCUGGAGUUUGCAAUGAGGGACCAGGACAAAUACCGCUACCGUUACCCCAAGGGAGAGUCCUAUGAGGACCUGGUGCAGAGGUUAGAGCCAGUCAUCAUGGAGUUGGAGAGGCAGGAGCAUGUCCUGGUCAUCUGUCAUCAGGCUGUCAUGCGCUGCCUGCUGGCCUACUUCCUUGAUAAGACAGCAGAGGAGCUGCCCUACCUGAAGUGCCCACUGCACACCGUGCUGAAGCUCACACCAGUUGCUUAUGGCUGUAAGGUGGAGUCCAUCUACCUAAAUGUGGAUGCAGUGAACACUCACAGAGAACGCCCAGAGAACGUCAACAUUCAUCGCACCACAGAAGAUGCCUUGCAGACAGUCCCAGCUCACCUCUGAAAUCAAAGCCAAUCGGGUUGAAGUUGGGCCUCUUCUGUCUCCCAGAUUUCACUACAUGUGUCAUUACUUGUGGGACAGUCUGGACGUGAUCUGUUCAACAACCCACUCAGCUGAUAUGUUUUUUUUGUGGGGUGAUGUUUUCCACUUCUUCUGCCUCUGAGUACAACCUCAUCUGCUUUUGGUGUCUGUGUUCAGAGCAAUGUGACCUGGAGGAUCCAGAGCCUUUUGGCGUUCUCAUUGGCUUGUACUCCUGUCUUUCAUAAGUAUAAUUCUCAGUCUACAGCACAUUCAGUCCAGUUGGCCUGUACUCCUGUCUUUCAUAAGUAUAAUUCUCAGUCUACAGCACAUUCAGUCCAAUUGUUCGAGGUCCGAAUAGAAAUGUGAAUACAAUUAACCGUUCUGCUUGCAUUGUAGGGUUUGGGGGUAUGCAUUCACAGAAUUACUCUGACCUAUUACUGCUCCAAUCUCAUGGUAGGAAGAGGCAUAAGUCCUUGGUACUAGUUUGGUUUGUGUGUUAAGGCUUUACGUACAGCUGACAGACUUGUCUAGGAGAGAAAGGGACUGAAAUGUAUUUUUUGUAAAGUAUGAACCCCUCAGUAUCUGUUUCCAUUAACUUGUCCAGUCGUUUUUUUGUUUUUUUUUUUUUUUGUCGACAAUUGGAAAAUAGAUUAGACAAUUGCCCGCUGCAUAGUGUGUGUCCAUCGAACGUUCUAGUGUCGAUUUUAAAAACAGCAGGAUGUAAUGUCACACCAACAAAACAAAAAACUAGUAUUGAAUAGAAAUAGUGGUUGAAGUGUUUCUAUUACCCAUUUAGGCAAAUUGUACACCCAUUAAUUGGAGACAGCCUGUAUGCUCUCCUACCUAUCGGUUUCAUGUCUCAGGUAGCCUGCAAAAGUCAGCAUUGAUAGAAUGCAAGAAUUUACCUAUAUUUGCCAUAUUCUAAUAAUUAUCAUGUGCCAACAUAUCGGUCUGUGCUGUAAAAAAAAAAAAACAUGAUAGCAAAAUGUGUAGAAUAGCAAGAAAUGUGCUUAACUGCCAAAUUUUCUUUCAGCCUCAUGGCAUAAUGUGAACAAAAGCAUGGGAUGAGCUAUAAAACAGUAUUUUUUUUCUGUGCCCCAUGGCAAAAAGUGUAUAAUUGCAAAGGGGGGGGGGGGGUUAGGGUUAGAAACUUGCACUCCUGUAGAUCUGAAAUAAUUGGAUGGUGAAACAGAACAGCCAAACAGAAAAUCAAGGCAUAGAAAUUCAGCCUUCUUGAAAGUAAGGAUGAGGAUCCUGCAAAUAAAUAUAUUUAUAAUUGAAAAAUGGAUUUAGUAGGCAUUUAGAAUUAAAUGUGGAGUGUAACUUCAUAGUUGUGUUGACAUCAAGUGCCCUGCGUACUUUUACAUUAUUUGGCAAUCAUAAUUUAUUCCAAAAACACUUUCCACCAUUUGUCGCAAUCUAACAAGUUUGACAAAAGAAAAGUACACCCGUCUAACAGAUUAUUUAUUUUUUGAUCUUUCAAAAAUGUCUCCAUUAUCUGCCGUUUCCAUUAUGUCACAAAUAUUUUUUAUGCGACGUUGCUUUUGUCAAAUAAACCUGUCAAUGGAAACCUGC